CGAAUCAGUAUUGCCCGAGCCGUGCCGCUGUCAACACGCGAACGCGACGUCAUUUUUGUUAUGAAACUCGGUAUCGUUCCGUGUUUCGUACGGUAAAGUGAUAGAUAGAAGUGACGAAUUCUGGUGUACAAGUGUGUGGUUAUGUGGCGGCGAGUGAUAUGACAGCGUGCGCCGCCAGACGGACCCCGGCCGUCUUCAUGAGGAUACUGGUGACAAGCCUGGCCCCGAGAUCAUGGUGGCUCCCGAUUCCGAGGCUCCUGCGAAUCCUCGGAUAGCGGCCGCCGCGCACGAGAGCCCCUCCGCCGCCGAGGCGCGCCACAGCGCCGACCUGUACAUCCGUACCAGCUGGGUGGACGCUGCCUUAGCGCUCUCCGAACUUGAAAAGGGCAACAUCGAGGGCGGGCGCACGUCGCUGUGGAUCCGCGCGUGGCUUCAGGAACAGUUGUUCAUCCUCGGCUGCUUCCUACAAGGCGACGCGGGAAAAGUCCUUUUCGUGGCUAUACUCGUGCUGUCUACAUUCUGUGUCGGCUUGAAAUCCGCGCAGAUACACUCAAGGGUCGACCAACUCUGGGUUCAAGAGGGCGGUAGAUUAGAAGCUGAGCUAAAGUACACAGCGAAAGCAUUGGGAGAAGCUGACUCCUCGACGCAUCAGCUCAUCAUACAGACUGCGAAGGAUCCUGACGUGUCACUGUUACACGCAGGAGCGCUGCUCGAACACCUAAAGGUGGUCCACGCAGCAACCCGAGUCACAGUUCAUAUGUACGACAUAGAGUGGAGGUUAAAAGACUUGUGCUACAGCCCCAGCAUACCCGACUUCGAAGCUUACCACAUCGAGAAGAUCAUCGACAACAUCAUUCCAUGCGCGAUCAUUACGCCCCUCGAUUGCUUCUGGGAAGGAUCCAAGUUAUUAGGACCUGAUUACCCCAUUUACGUCCCAGGUCUUCAACAUAAAUUAGUAUGGACUCAAUUACACCCCCAAGAGGUGUUAGAAGAAGUGCGGAAGCUGAGGUUUCAGUUUCCAUUCAGCACGAUGGAGGCGUACAUGAAGAGAGCCGGCAUCACCUCCGCCUACAUGAAGAAGCCGUGUCUCGACCCCACCGAUGCCCACUGUCCAGACACAGCCCCCAACAAGAAAACAGGCAAUGUUCCAGACGUAGCUGCGGAGCUGUCACAUGGGUGCUACGGUUUCGCAGCAGCAUACAUGCAGUGGCCCGAACAGCUGAUAGUAGGCGGCGCCACGAGGAACUCCACGUCAGCCCUGAGGAGUGCGAAGGCGCUGCAGACGGUGGUGCAACUGAUGGGCGAGCGCGAGAUGUACGAGUACUGGGCAGACCACUACAAAGUGCACCAUGUUGGAUGGACGCAAGAGAAAGCCGCUGCAGUCUUAGAUUCGUGGCAAAGGAAGUUUGCUUCUGAGGUGCGAAAAAUGACAACAUCCGAGUCGGUGUCGCCGUCAUAUAGUUUCUACCCAUUCUCGACGUCAACACUUAACGACAUUUUGGGCAAAUUUUCUGAACUGUCGUUAAAAAACAUCUUGUUGGGAUAUAUGUUCAUGUUAGUAUAUGUAGCCGUGACACUAAUUCAGUGGCGCGAUCCUGUUCGCUCGCAAACCGGCGUGGGUAUAGCAGGAGUUCUGCUACUUUCCAUCAGUGUAGCUGCUGGAUUAGGCUUCUGUGCUUUGUUAGGUAUACCAUUCAACGCAUCAAGCACGCAGAUAGUCCCAUUCCUUGCGCUCGGGCUUGGCGUGCAGGACAUGUUCCUUCUGACUCACACGUACGUGGAACAAGCGGGAGAUGUGCCGCGCGAGGAGCGAACAGGCCUGGUGCUGAAGAAGAGCGGCCUCAGCGUACUGCUGGCUUCUCUGUGCAAUGUCGUCGCUUUCUUAGCAGCGGCUUUACUGCCAAUUCCUGCUCUGCGCGUAUUUUGCCUGCAGGCGGCAAUUCUCCUGCUCUUCAACUUGGGUUCGAUCUUGCUGGUCUUCCCCGCAAUGAUCUCUCUGGAUCUUCGGCGGAGGUCUGCAGCCAGAGCCGACCUGUUAUGUUGCUUGACGCCAGAGAGCCCCAUGCCUAAGAGAACUAAGAAGAUUGGUGACCGUUCUCGCGGCAGGAGUGGAAAGACUGAUAAGACUAAUUGGAAAGAUACGACGAGACAACCAUUAGAUCCUGAAGAUACUGGAGACCAGUCGCAGGUGACGUGCUGCCUAAGUCUGUCGCUCACCAAGUGGGCAAAGAACUAUUAUGCGCCGUUCAUCAUGCGACCUUCCGUUAAGGUUACAUCAAUGCUAGCGUUGAUCGCAGUUAUUCUGGCGAGUGUUUGGGGAGCUACGAAAGUCAAAGACGGUCUAGAUCUAACAGACAUUGUGCCAGAGAACACGGAUGAACACGAAUUCCUAUAUCGACAAGAGAAAUACUUCGGCUUCUACAGCAUGUACGCAGUCACUCAAGGAGACUUCGAGUAUCCCACCAAUCAGAAGUUACUCUACGAAUACCACGAUCAGUUUGUUAGGAUACCAAACAUCAUCAAGAACGAUAAUGGCGGACUUACAAAGUUUUGGUUAAGUUUGUUCCGAGACUGGCUUCUAGACUUGCAGGCAGCUUACGAUAAGGAUGUCGAGAACGGAUGUAUAACGCAAGAGUACUGGUUUAAGAACGCAAGCGAUGAGGGCAUAUUGGCUUACAAACUUAUGGUGCAGACGGGACACGUAGACAAUCCCAUUGACAAGUCGCUAAUUACCACCGACACCAAGAAUGGUCACAGAUUAGUUGAUAAGGAAGGUAUUAUAAAUCCGAAAGCGUUCUAUAAUUAUCUAUCAGCUUGGGCUACGAACGAUGCCCUGGCGUAUGGGGCUUCACAAGGGAAUUUGAAACCCCAACCAAAGAGAUGGACGCAUUCUGCAGGAGACGUGGAGUUGAAGAUCCCGAAAUCCUCCCCUCUGAUCUAUACACAAUUGCCAUUCUACUUAUCAGGUUUAAGUGAUACAGAAAACAUAAAGACCCUGAUAAUGUCUGUACGAGAUCUUUGUUUGAAAUUCGAAGCAAAGGGAUUGUCUAAUUUCCCAUCUGGAAUUCCUUUCUUAUUUUGGGAGCAGUACUUGUAUUUGAGAACAUCGCUGCUCCUGGCCCUCGCCUGCGCUCUGGCUGCUGUUUUUGUGGCUGUAAUGGUAUUGCUCCUGAACUUCUGGGCAGCCGUGCUGGUAACAUUGGCGUUGGCUACAUUAGUGCUGCAGUUAUUGGGCACUAUGGCACUGCUAGGAGUCAAGUUAUCUGCUGUGCCAGCGGUUCUACUAGUCCUUGCCAUUGGCCGGGGCGUCCACUUUACUGUGCAUUUGUGUUUGGCUUUCGUAACAUCGAUCGGAUGUAGGCGUCGGCGAGCGUGCCUGGCCCUGGAGUCGGUGUUGGCUCCGGUGGUACACGGCGCGUUGGCUGCCGCGUUGGCUGCGUCCAUGUUGGCUACCAGCGAGUUUGGCUUCGUCGCCAGACUGUUCCUGAGGCUACUGCUAGCUCUUGUUUUACUGGGAUUAGUGGAUGGACUGCUGUUCUUCCCGAUUGUACUCGCUAUUCUGGGACCGAAUGCUGAGGUUCGUCCACUAGAGCAUCCUGAAAGACUGUCAACACCAUCACCUAAGAGUUCACCGAUACAUCCACGGAAGUCUAGCUCAAGUUCAGGCGGGAGCGACAAGGGCGGUCGAGGGGGCAAGUCAGCCCCGCGGCCCUCCGCCCCCUCACUCACGACCAUCACGGAGGAACCGCCUAGCUGGCACUCGUCCGCGCCCUCCGUGCAGUCUUCCAUGCAGUCCAUUGUUGUUCAGCCUGAAGUGGUCGUCGAGACCACUACUUAUAACGGCAGCGACUCCGCAUCUGGACGAUCGACCCCUACUUCGAAGACACCUCAUCCAGGCGCUAUUACUACUAAGGUAACGGCCACAGCCAACAUAAAAGUUGAAGUAGUGACACCGAGCGACAGGAAAUCGAGGCGAUCCUACCAUUACUAUGAUCGGCGUAGGGAUCGUGAUGACGACAGGGAGAGAGACCGGGACCGAGACAGAGAUCGGGAACGAGACAGAGACCGACAUAGGGACCGAGACCGGGAUCGAGAUAGAGAGAGGGACAGGUCCCGGGAACGGGAUCGUAGAGACCGGUUUAGAGAUGAAAGGGACCACCGCGCCUCACCUAGAGAAAACGGCCGAGACUCCGGCCAUGAAAGCGACUCCUCCCGACAUUGAAGACACAGAGACUGUUACAAACUGUGUGUCACUUGAUAAACGAUCCACACCGUGUCAACACGCUGUGACGACUAGUUAUACUUGCAUGAAUGCAACUAAAUAUACUAUAUGUAAUGAUCUGAUCAAUGAAUCUGACAUCUUUACCUAAAGUUACGGAGUUAUGUCUUAUAAGCUGAGCAAUCGUUCGUUAAACAUGUGUUAAGGUUGGCAAUGCCGCUUAUAAUCAGUAAUUAUGAGAAUAGUAAUUUUAAGUUUACUCUUCAUAUGGAUGUAGUGGAGGCUAUAUUGUAAUUCGGUGCAUGAUGGAAGUGCUUGUAUCUAACGUGAACAUAACUGUUAGUACAUACAGGAUGGUACUGAAAUCAUUCCAUAGCGGGCACUAGUUGGCACUUCUAUCUCGCGGUUCAGUAUAGAUGUGUUCCAGUGUCAAAGCUAGUGAAUUCUUUACUGUAUAAACCAAAUAUCAUUUGUAGACGAUAUCUAUACAUUUGUUUGUGUGUUCCUAUUUUAAAGACAUUUCCAUUUGUCUCCAAACUCUUUGUUACAUUUAUACUUCUAAAGACUGUGGUCAAAUAUUAUUAAUUUAUAAUAUUAUUUAUUUGUAUGUCUAUAAUUAUUCUGUCACCAGGAAAAUCUGUGGAAAUCUCAGAUUAAUUGUACAAAUUAUUUAGGUAGGUAGUUAUAACUGUAGGUUAGACGGCUAUUUAUGAGAUUACUUAGUUAUGUUUUAUACCUAACUGUAUUGUUGUGAUCUUUAGGUAAACUUAGUAAUUGUGAAGACUGCAUUUAAAGAUCAAAGCACAGUAUUGUGUGUAUGCGUGGCGAGGGUUGCGUCGCCGACAGGAAUACUGACCUCACGUUAUUACGUGUUAUGUUGUAACGUUUUGUGCAAAGUACUUAGUAGCAUAUAUUAAUUUAUACGUACCUAUAUAACUUAAUGAUAUUGUGUAAAUAUAGCUGUAGUGGUAGCUAACUAUGUGCGUAGGCAGCGCCCCCGUGCGGCAGCUGGCUACAUUUGUAUCAUUUAUUUUUAUACAAUUUUAACUGACAUAUUGUCGAAAAACUGUAGGUGGUAACUAAAAGGGAAGCGUUUAUUAACUUUUGUAGGAUUUUUAAAAAAUUAACAAAUGAUAAAAUAUAAUUUUUUGACAGUGUUCUUUAAUGAGUAUCAAGUAGCAUUUAUACACGAGUAUUUGAAUUUUAUAUUGAUAUUUUUGAACAAAAGUCCCCGUAACAAGGAUCUUAUGAAAAUUAAGACAUGUUUGUUAUAGAAACAAGUACAUUAUAACUAAGUUAUAAAAAUUUUAAGAAACAAAAAAAAUCAAAUUAAACUCAUAGAAAUUGUGAAUUCAAUUAAAUUAAUUAUGUGACAAGAAAUGUUUUUGUUAACACAAAAGUUAAUGUCGACUGUAUUGAGAAAAUAAAAUACUUUUAAACAACA